CUCAAACACACCAGAGUCCUUCAGCCAGUCCAGCCGGGACAGAAGCGCAGCAUGGCGGCCAAGAAAAUCUGCAUUAUCGGCUCUGGCAACUGGGGUUCUGCCAUUGCCAAGAUAGUGGGCGCCAAUGCAGCCAAAUACAACACUUUUGAGAACACGGUGAACAUGUGGGUGUUUGAGGAGAUGAUCAAUGGACGCAAGCUCACCGAAAUCAUCAAUACUGAACACGAAAACGUCAAAUACCUGCCUGGACACAAGCUGCCACCUAAUGUGUUGGCGGUUCCCGAUCUGCUGGAGUCGGUGAAGGGUGCAGACAUCCUCAUCUUCGUCAUCCCACACCAGUUUGUGUCUCGGAUUUGUGACACAAUCAAGGGCCACAUUAAGCCGGACGCAGUGGGAAUGUCCCUCAUUAAGGGUGUGGAUGAGGGUCCUGACGGGCUGAAACUGAUUUCUGAUGUCAUUAGGGAGAAACUGGGCAUCACCAUGACUGUGCUGAUGGGAGCCAAUCUGGCCAAUGAGGUCGCAGAUGAGAAAUUUUGUGAAACCACCAUCGGGUGUAAAAGCAAGCCUCACGGACCCCUUCUCAAAGAACUAAUGCAAACGCAAAACUUCCGCGUGACUGUUGUGGAAGAGGCUGAUGUUGUGGAGAUCUGUGGAGCGCUAAAGAAUAUUGUUGCCGUGGGCGCUGGUUUCUGUGACGGUCUGAGUUUCGGUGACAACACCAAAGCUGCUGUGAUCCGUCUGGGUUUAAUGGAAAUGAUCGCCUUCGCUCGGUUAUUCUGCACAGCCAGUCCGGUUUCUCCCGCCACGUUUCUGGAAAGCUGUGGUGUCGCUGACCUCAUCACUACCUGCUAUGGAGGACGCAACCGCAAAGUCGGAGAAGCAUUCGCAAGAACUGGAAAAUCUAUCGAGGAGCUUGAGAAGGAGAUGCUGAACGGCCAGAAGCUUCAAGGUCCGGCAACCGCAGCAGAAGUUCAUCAGAUCCUCAAACACAAAAAUCUGGUGGAAAAGUUCCCCCUGUUCAAUGCAGUUUAUCAGAUCUGCUUCCAGAAUCAUCCGGUUAAAGAGUUCAUCAUGUGCCUACAGAAUCAUCCAGAACACAUGUGAAAGUCUAUUAUGUUGGAGCUGUUUUCACACUAACAAAGUAUUGUGUCUUAAAUGUUGUAAAUUAUCAGUGUGUGAGAUUUUAUUUUGGGUAAAAGACAUCAGAAGCACUGUAAAUGAAGUCUUGCCUGCACACUUGCAAAGUAUUUUCUUACAUGUUUGUCAUUUCAGAGCCAAUGCUAAAGUGCCUUACAAGUUUAGUUUGUUUGUUAACAUAAUAAACACAUUUUAUUAACGCCU